AUGGCGGCAGGCAGCUUGAGGCCGCACAUCGUGCGGGUCAUGUCAGAGCGCAGGGAACGGCCCCUGAGCACCGGGGAGAUCUACGAGGCGGUGGCCACGAUGGGGGUGGCCGGCUUUGACCCCCGGGCGAAGCGGGACCGGAACCUGGUCAACCGCGAACUCUCAGAUUUGGCGGGCAUGAGCCCCGAGUCCCACAGCAAGCCGGCGCCGCAGGUAUUGGCCCGGGUGGGCCGGGGCCGGUACAUAUUCAGGGAGCCGGAAUUGCCCAUGGACCAGGCCCUGGUGCAGGAGUACCUGGAGCCGGAGGAGAUGUACGAGAAGCGGACGCCUCGGGGGCGUCGGUCCGGUCCUGUCAGGGAGAGGGCGCCCGAGUCGGUGCGAAAGUCGCUGUUUGCGGUGCAGAGGGGGAUCUGCCCCGGGUGUGGAAUAUACCUGCCCCACUACCUGAGGUUCGAGGUGGACCACAUCGUGGCGCUGGCCGACGAUGGGAGGACUGAGCAGCGGAACCUGCAGCUGCUGUGCGGGUACUGCAACCGGGUGAAGGGGACGAAGGGAAAGGACGGGUACCGGCUGAGGAUGGCGGAGUUGCGCGCGGACAACAUGGCCACCGGGGUGAUGGCGGACGAGGGCAUGGCAGAACUCACGGGAAAGCGGCUGGCCCAGUAUCACCGCGGGGAGCUGUCGGCGUAA